GGAUAAAAAAAAUAAAGUCAUGCAUGCCACAUCCAAAAAAAUAAACACGUCGGUUGAUGAUGAAUAAUAUUUUCGCUAGCUUUGACACUGAAUGCGAAUGAGCAAUGUUUCCUGCGGCUUAAAUAGGAAAUGUAUUGUAGGAAAAUGAUUAAGGCGGAACGUUUCUCAGGGAGCAGAGUUUCUGUUGCACACCGGAAGUUCCUCAAAGUCCAUCUAUGGCGUCAUUUCCUUAAGUGACAACGUCUGUCUUUCGGUGUUUCGGCCACGUUUUGGAUCAAAAUGCCUUCGGAUCGUUUCCCUGGCUCUUCCGCGGAGAUAGUCAUCUAAGAACCGUUCACCGUCUGGUUUGUCGUCUCUACGUCCGGCACCGAUCCACCCGCUCACUUUGUGCGACCAGUUCGCCAGUGCUCGUGUGCGACCCGCCAAAAGCAGGUGACCAUUUUGCCGAACUCGAAACGGAUCUAAUCGCAACCAGAAAUGAGUGGAUUCAACUUUGGACAGUCCAACAGCGGGUUUACCUUCGGGACCCCAAACGCCGCCGCUCCCGCCACCGGCUUCGGGCUGCAGCCCGCCGCCCAGGCUGGAGCUGGGGACGGUUUCACUUUUGGAGCCACGGCACCGAGCGGAACCAACCCCGCCGGGACCGGUGGCUUCAGCUUCGGGACCCCAGCUAAGAGCACGGCGGCUACUGGGGGGUUUUCGUUCGGAACACCUGCGACGGCGAGCUUCGGUCUGGGCGCCGCUGCCCAAACCACGGCUGCCUCGGGGCUGACUCUGGGCUCCACGGCGACCCCUGCCGCCGGGUCAGGCUUCUCUCUCGGGGGCGGUGCGCCCGCAGGUGGAGGAGGAGGAUUCACCUUCGGGGCUGCUGCUCUGACCCAAACCCAACCAGCAGCCGCGCCGGCAGCUGCUGCAACCACCGCUUCAUUUGGGGGGUUCAGCUUGGCCACCAAGCCUCUGGCCACCACAGCUGCCGCCACAGUCGCCAGCACCACCCCAGCUGUCCCUGGAGGAGGGUUCACCUUCGGCACCGGCGCGCCCACCCUCACCUUAGGCGCCCAGCCUGCGACCGCCGCGGCUGCCGCAGCAGCGCCGGCUAGUGCCGGGUUCUCUCUGGGGAUCAAGCCGUCGUCGACCCCGGCCCCUCCCGCCACGACCCUGGCGACGGCCCCCUCGCUGUUUUCAGCUCCGGCAUCUACCGCUGCUGCCGCCACCACUGCUGGCUUCACUCUGGGUGUGGCCCCAACUCCUGCAGCUUCCACUGCUCCUGCCGCGACCUCGGCCACCGGCGGCGCUCUACCGUUCAUGCUGAAACCUCUGGGAGCCGCCACCUCCACCCCGGCGUCCGCUGCCACCACAGCACCUGCUGCCGCCGCCGCCACCGCAGCCGGGGUGACUGGUUUCACGCUGGGAAUCAAACCAGCGUCCAGCGCCGCCGCGACCACCACGACAACCACGGCCCCAGCCACCACCGCCCCUCCUGUCAUGACCUACGCCCAGUUAGAGGGGCUCAUCAACAAGUGGAGUCUGGAGCUGGAGGACCAGGAGAGGCACUUCCUCCAGCAGGCCACUCAGGUGAACGCCUGGGACAGGAUGUUGGUGGAGAACGGUGAGAAGAUCACCUCCCUGCACAAGGAAAUGGAGAAGGUGAAGCUGGACCAGAAGAGACUGGACCAGGAGCUGGACUUUAUCCUGUCCCAGCAGAAGGAGCUGGAGGACUUGCUGUGCCCGCUGGAGGAGUCGGUGAAGGAGCAGAGCGGCACCAUCUACAUGCAGAACGCGGACGAGGAGCGGGAAAGGACCUACAAGCUGGCGGAGAACGUCGACGCACAGCUGAAGAGGAUGUCUCAAGACUUGAAGGAGAUCAUCGAGCACCUGAACACAUCCAGCGGACCCGCUGACACCAGCGACCCGCUGCAGCAGAUUUGCAAAAUCCUCAACGCUCACAUGGAUUCUCUUCAGUGGGUCGACCAGAAUUCAGUUCUCCUGCAGAGAAGAGUGGAGGAGGUGUCCAAAAUGUGCGACAACCAGCGGAAAGAGCAGGAGAAGACCUUCCGUCUGAACUUUGACUGAGCCGUGUCCAUGCAUGGGUUCAUAAAGGAGUAUUUUUGAUAACGUAAAGGACAACUUCCUGAGGCUCUCUGUCAGUUAGCUUUUGAAAAAUAUAUUUCCUUGUUAAUGUCUGUCAAAAUCGAACUUAUUAAAUUUUGUUGUGGAUAAAAACGCAGCAGAACGGCUUCAGCUUCUGACUUUUUAGAUUUACCCAGACGCAGCACUUGGUGUGAAACAGUGUGGAGGACUGAAUUUUUAAAUGUAGCU